AUUUAUAAAGAGUUGCUUGAACGCCGCCAGCCUCGGGAGACCCAGUUGGCGGCGAGAGAGCGACGAAUUCUCUGGCAGGGAAAAAUACAAAGAACAUCAUGUGAGGGUCGUGCCCCGGUGCUACCAGCAGGACAGAAGCCUGGGCCGAGGGAGGGAGCCCCUGCCCCGACCCUGCCCGCUCGCCCGGCGCCCACCGCGGGCCGGAGGGACGGUGCCGCGCGGUACCUGCCGCGGCCAUUCCCGCUGCUCGCCAACCCCCAUCCCCGCCCGGGGCUCGCCGGCGGAGCGGGAGGCAGAAGUUAACUUCCACCGGCCCUGGAGCCGCCGCUGCGCCGGCAGGAGGAGGCGGAGGAGGGGGCGGAGGCAGGCGGGGCAGCCGAGGACCCGGCUCUGGCAGGCUCCGAGGGUCCGGCCGGGUGUAAUUCCCCUGUAAUCCCCACCACGGCGGCGCUUCCCUGGCCGAGCCAUGUCUGCGGCUUCCCCGCCAUGCCGAGCCUAGCGGGGAGCGGGAGGGCUGGGGAGCGGGAGGCGCACAAAAUGAAGACCCUGAUGCGCCACGGGCUGGCCGUCUGCUUGGCGCUUACCACCAUGUGCACCAGCUUGUUGCUCAUGUACGGCGGUAUCGGCGGCGGCGGGGGUCGCCCGGAGCCGCGGCGGAGGCAGCAGCAGGUGGCGGCGGUGCCCAGUCGCCCGCCGGGACGCGGCCAGCACCAUCCGGCGCUCCCCGUCGGGGCCGGCCUCCUCGAGGGCUACAUCAGCGUCCUGGAGCAUAAGCCUUUAAAAAUGCACUGCAAGAGCUGUGCACUGGUAACCAGCUCUGGACACCUUCUGGGAAGUAAACAAGGUGAAAGAAUCGACGAGACAGAGUGUGUAAUACGAAUGAAUGAUGCACCUACUCGAGGUUAUGGAAAAGAUGUUGGAAACAAAACAAGCCUUCGAGUCAUUGCACACUCCAGUAUUCAGAGGAUUUUGCGAAAUCGCAACGAACUCUUAAAUAUGAGCCACGGAGCCGUGUUUAUCUUCUGGGGUCCUAGCAGCUACAUGAGGAGAGAUGGUAAAGGCUUGGUGUAUAACAACCUGCAGCUGAUGAAUCAGAUACUUCCUCAAUUAAAAGCAUAUAUGAUUUCUCGCCACAAGAUGCUUCAGUUUGAUGACCUUUUUAAACAGGAAACUGGGAAAGACAGGAAGAUAUCCAACACUUGGCUUAGCACGGGCUGGUUCACAAUGUCUAUCGCAUUAGAGCUCUGUGACAGGAUAAAUGUUUAUGGCAUGGUGCCACCGGAUUUCUGCAGGGAUCCUAAUCAUCCUUCAGUACCUUAUCAUUAUUAUGAACCUCUGGGACCUGACGAAUGCACAAUGUACAUGUCACACGAGCGGGGACGGAAGGGCAGCCAUCACCGUUUUAUCACAGAGAAACGAGUGUUUGAGAACUGGGCACGGACAUUCAAUAUUCACUUUUUCCAACCAGACUGGAAGCCAGACCCACUCACUGUAAACCACCCUGAGAUUAAACCGGUGGUCUGAGGGGCCAAUGCACAAGACCACAACCACAGUCACCUCUAU